UUUAUAUUCAAAUAUUCCUCUUGUUUGCAAUAUAUGUUUAUUUAAAAUUUAUGUCUGCUAGUCAACGAUGUAUUUUCGGGGAUUAAUAAUUUUUUGCCUAAUACUUACACGUGUUAAAAGCGCAGGUCAAGGUACUGUUCGGUUAGCUGAUGGAGGCACCGACUGGGGACGCGUAGAAGUUUUUCAUGACGGCGUGUGGGGAUCUGUUUGCAGUACAAACAAUGAUUAUGAUGUGGCUUAUGUAGUUUGCAAUCAUCUGGGAUUUGACGACUCAUACCCGUUACAGCAAGUCGAUUUUCCCAAAGGAACAAGCAAAAUCUGGUUACAUGUUCGCGAAUGCGAAUACGAUACACUGUCAAUUCACAACUGUACCCACAACGGUUGGGGACAACAUAAUUGCACCCACGACAACGACAUCGGUGUCUUAUGUGUGUAUAAAAAUUGCAAACUAGGGUCUAAGAUCGCAAACGGAAAUAUAACAUCUAGUUCAAGAUACGGAUCAACUAGUCGAGUUGUUUGUGACCAAGGAUAUCGCCCAAACCGGAACUUAACUAAUGGAGGUGUGAGGUGCUUACCAAACGGUGAAUUGGAGGCCGUACAAUGCGAACCUUUUGUUGCACAUACAGACCAUCUAAAUCCAGGUGUACGUCUCACUGGAGGAAGACCAAACUGGGGACGUGUAGAAGUUUUCCAUGACGGCGAGUGGGGGACAGUGUGCAAUAACUUGAUGAAUUUAAAUUUUGUCGAUGUUCUAUGCAGGCAGCUUGGAAUGCAUAAUGGUGGAUUUUUAAUAACUGAAGACUUCGGGAAAGGUAAUGGCACAAUAUGGUUGGAGUUGGAUGGAAUUCAAUGUACUGGAACCGAGUUGUCUAUCAUGAACUGUUCACAUAAAGGUUGGGGACCACACACGUGUGACCAUUCAAAAGAAGUUGGAGUUAUGUGUAAUGCUAGAGAUUGUGACCCAUCACCAACUAUACUCAACGGCGAAAUGAUAAACCAAUAUUACGUUAGAACAUAUGGUUAUCUCGCAAGAGUUAUCUGUGACCCAGGCUAUCGUGUUUAUCAUAACUUAAAAAGAGGAGGUGUGAGAUGUAUGCCUCAUGGCGAAUGGGAUACCGUACGAUGUGAAAAGAAUGUUGCGUUGGAACAGACAAUGAACAAUUCAGGCAAUGUUCGUCUCGCCGACGGAGGUAAAAACUGGGGACGUGUAGAAGUGUUCCAUAAUGGCGAAUGGGGAACGGUGUGUGAUAACAACAUGGAUGAUAAUUUUGUCGACGUUCUAUGUGCUCAACUUGGAAUGAACAAUGGUACAAUUUUGCAAAAUUUUAAUUAUAAGAAAGGUACUGGAAAGAUUUGGAUGGACAACGUUAAAUGCACCGGGGCUGAACUUUCCAUUGAAAACUGCACCCAUCGAGGUUGGGGAAUUCAUUAUUGCAAUCACGAACACGACGACGUAGGUGUUGUUUGCGACCCUAAAAAUUGUGACGCUUCACCAACUAUCAUCAACGGGAAAGUGAUGGUAGAAUCAUACUCAAAGUCAUAUGGUUAUACCGCCAGAGUUAUCUGUGACCCAGGCUACCGUGUUUAUCAGAACUUAACACGAGGAAGAGUGAAAUGUAUGCCUCAUGGCGAAUGGGAGACCGUACUAUGUGAAAGGAAUGUUGCGUUGGAACAGACAAUGAACAAUUCAGGCAAUGUUCGGCUCGCCGACGGAGGUAAAAACUGGGGACGUGUAGAAGUGUUCCAUAAUGGCGAAUGGGGAACGGUGUGUGAUGACCACAUGGAUGAUAAUUUCGUCGACGUUCUAUGUGCUCAACUUGGAAUGAACAAUGGUAACAUUUUGCAAAAUUUAAAUUAUAAGAAAGGUACUGGAAAGAUUUGGAUGGACAACGUUGAAUGCACCGGGGCUGAACUUUCCAUUGAAAACUGCACCCAUCAUGGUUGGGGAAUUCAUGAUUGCAAUCACGAACAAGAAGACGUAGGUGUUGUUUGCGACCCUAAAAAUUGUACAAUUUGGCCGACUAUUAUACAUGGAGAUAUUAUGAAAACUGGUUCAAGAACAACCUACUCAAGGGCUAGGGUGAUUUGUGAUUCCGGGUACCGCGUAUAUCAAAACUUAACAGACGGAGGAGUGAGAUGUAUGCCGCAUGGUGAAUGGGAGACCGUGCUUUGUGAAAAGAAUGGUGUGCUUGCAGAGAGCAGUAUUUCAGGUAACGUCCGCCUCGCAGACGGAGCUGGUAAUUGGGGUCGAGUAGAAGUGUUCCACGACGGCGAAUGGGGGACAGUAUGUGAUAACGACAUGGAUAAUAACUUUGUGGACGUUCUUUGCAGUCAGCUCGGAAUGAACAAAGGCCAGUUUUUGCGCAACUUCGAGUUCAAAAAAGGUUCGGAAAAAGUCUGGUUUGAAGAAGUCAAGUGUAGUGGUGCUGAGUUAUCUAUUGAGAAUUGUACCCUGACGGAUUGGGGAGAAACAAAUUACUUUUGUUAUCACGAACGAGACGUUGGUGUUGUAUGCAACCCUAAAGACUGCGUGUCCCCGCAGGUGAUAGACAAUGGGACAAUUGUGAAAAAAGGAUCAACAUCAUACGGUUCAAUUGCUAGAGUAAUUUGCAACCCGGGAUUCCGUGUCUUCGGGAAUUUAACGAACGGGGGCGUUAAAUGCUUGCCUCAUGGUGAAUGGGAGAGCGUACAAUGUGAAAACAAUAAUGUGACAGUUGAAAGCCGAUAUAAAGGAAACGUCCGGCUCGCCGACGGAGGUGACACCUGGGGACGUGUAGAAGUUUUCCACGAUGGCGAAUGGGGGGCAGUGUGUCAAAACAUUAAUAACAAUUUUGCCGAAGUUCUUUGUGCUCAGCUUGGAAUGAAUGCUGGUGAGAUUCUUCUACGUAUUGACUUUAAGAAAGGUAGGGGUCGAAUCUGGCUUAGUAACGUCUAUUGUUAUGGAACGGAAUUGUCAAUUACGGACUGCGCACAUGAUGGUUGGGGUAACCAUAGCUGUGGUCACUACAGUGAAGUUGGUGUUGCUUGCAAUCCGAAAGACUGCGAUGCAACACCGAAGAUUGCCUAUGGGUAUAUUAAUAAACACGCAUCAACAUUGGUAUGCAAUACCUGCGACCCAGGGUACCGCAUUUAUCAGUAUAGCAGUGGAGAUGUGCGUUGCUUGUUAAAUUCUGAAUUGAACGUUAUCAAUACCUUAAAUAAGAGAGUGCGACUUGCUGAUGGAGGUUUGAAUUGGGGAAGAGUAGAAGUUUUCCACGACGGUGAGUGGGGAACGGUAUGCGAUUACGGGGCUGAUACCACUUUUGCAAAUGUGCUUUGCCAAGAACUAGGAAUGGGCAAUGGCACAAUUUCGAAACUUUCGGAAUUCCAAAUCAAAACAUUUUUUGAAGCUGACAGCAGAAUUUGGCUAGAUGAGGUCAAGUGUACAGGAAACGAGUCAUCGAUCGUUGACUGUGCACACACUGAAUGGGGUGCUCAUAACUGUGGGCACAGCGAAGACAUUGUCGUUCUAUGUUACGCAAACGAUUGUGGAGUACAGGUACAAAAAGGCGACAAAAAGGCAGUGGCUUCUUCAACAUUGUACGGCUCAUUUUCUAAGUUUACUUGUAACCCUGGAUACCGCACCUCUCAGAACUUGACUACGGGAAAUAUGGCAUGUAUGCCAGACGGCAAAUGGGAGGCCAUCCAAUGCGAGAAGACGGAUGAUCAUAAGACUGAUAACCGAGAGGACAGUCCGGCUCCUGUUAAAUGUCUGCCAAACACCGAUUUUAAUGGUGUUGAAUGGGAUGCAGUGGAUGCAGGGAAGGUAACACGGAAAAACUGCACAGACGGAUACACCGGUAUGAUAACAAGGACUUGCAAUACAAGUGGUUAUUAUGAAAACCCUACGAACAACUGCACAAAGCAGGCUAUACAUGCGUUACUAAACAAGAUUAAAGACAAUGUGAGUGCAGACGUGAAAGAAACAAUCGAUGAUUUAAGGAAAGAAAUCAGCCUAGAAAACAACACCACUUCUGAAAAGACGACACUUCAUGUUGGUGACAUUGAAACGGCGACAGAAAUAAUGAAACUUAUUACUGACCGUUUUGAAGCACAUAACUCUUCCAUUGAAAAUGUGACAGAUUCCUUCGUCGAUGUCGUGGACAAUCUAAUUAGCGAUAGAACAACACAUUCAUGGGGCGCCCUAUUGGACAAGGGCGGGGCUGCCACAGUGAUCAACGUACUAGAUGAGUUUAUAUCCAAAGUUGUUAACAACAGUGCUGUAUCGAAACAAAAUAUGACCGUUCGGAAAGAUAAUAUUUUUAUUGAAAUAGGCUCUGUGGCGCAAUGCUCAAAGAUAAAGUUUCCAAAUAGUGGGAAAAACGGAAAUGUUCCAGAUUGGGCUAUGACGAGACAUGAUACUGUUGAAGUUGCAUGCCGUGGAAGUGGUGGACUGACGUUUAGUGGUUCCCUCUUCAGGAAUAUGACGUCGAUAAUGUCGUCAAAAACUAAAAACUCGAGGCAUAUGGAAAUCAAUACCCCGGUUCUUGCGUUCAGCGUGCACGAUUCCAUAACGGCUUCUGAUGCACAGAACGUCACCUUAAUAUUCGAACUAUUCAAUACAGACUUAGCAAAACCGUCUUGCCGCUUCUGGGAAAAGGGUAAUUCAAGCGGUGAAGGAUUCUGGUCUAGCGACGGAUGCAAACUGGUAGAAUAUAACCACCAGGCGGGACGUGUAACCUGCUCAUGCAAUCAUCUCACAAACUUUGCUGUUCUGAUGAGUCCAGGCGUUACAGUAGAAAAGAUCCAUCAUCAGGCUCUCAGUGCUAUAACAGUGAUUGGAUGUUGUCUGUCCCUGGCAGGUCUUGUAACAACGUCAGUAAUUUACGUAUACUGUUGGAGGAUGGUGAAGUCAAACCGAGCAACCUUGCUGUUAAACCUGUGUGCAGCUCUGUUCGUUGCGUAUAUAGCGUUCCUCAUAGGAAUUAAGCGCACACAACCAAUGGGCGCUUGUACAUUUACCGCCGUGUUGCUUCACUACGUGUAUCUCGUGGCAUUCUUCCUGAUGUUGGCAGAGGGAGGCGUUAUUGCGUUGAUGGUGCUGAGCCCGCUAACCAAGAGGAACAGUGUCCCUUACUUCUUGGCAGGAGCAUAUGGUAUUCCUGUCGUAAUUGUUGGUGUGUCCAUGGUCGCGACACAGUUGGACGGUUACGGCAAUGACAGAUUCUGCUGGUUGUCCGUGGAGUCAGGUCUGUUUUGGGCAUUUGCAGGACCAGUCCUUGCCAUAGUUGUGACAAACCUGAUUAUCCUGGUGCUCGUGUUGAAACAAUUGUUCGGAGUUGCCGCCAUGUCAAAGAAAACAGACGCUGAGAAAGUCAAGACCGGUGUGCGCAGUGUUUGUAUUCUACUUCCCGUGCUUGGCCUCACCUGGGUGUUCGGUAUUUUCGCAGUCAACAAGGACACGCUCGUCUUCCAGUACUUGUUUGCCAUCUUCAACAGCCUGCAGGGAUUCCUGAUAUUUCUGGUACAAUGCGUGUUUGACAGAAAAGUACGCGACGCUCUUCGCCAGAGGAAGUUACCAUGGUUCACAUCUACCGACGUUCGUACCGGAGACACAGAGAUGAGGUCUACGCAGAAAUCUACAUAGCACAGUGUCUGUGUAUCCACAUAGAAAUGAGAAUCAAUAAAAGGUCAAAGUACACGGAGGCUCUACUCAUAUUUUUGAUUUCAGAAGUGAUUUAUACGCAAUCAUUGGGUUGUAUCAUAAUGGAGAACCUUAUUCAAUUAUGCAUGAUCGCUUUAAAUAUGAACGUAAAAUGGUGAGAUAUAUUUAUGAAGUUUGAACAAUAUGAAAAGUAGUGAAUAUUAAGUGCAAAGACAUAUUCAAUUUUUUUCUUUUUUUCUCUUUUUUUUUGUAAUUUAUACUCAAUAUUUUGCCGCUUAUGCUUUUGCAUUGAAGAGCUUUUCAAUACAGCAUUUUGUUUAAAUUUAUCAUAUAAUUUUGAUAAAAACACCAAUGGACAUGAACUUGCAUUAUAACAGUCUGGACUAUGAUUUUAUAUCAGUUCUUUGUUUACUGAGUUUAAGAGUAGAUUUUGCAAUGAAAGUUUGAUCGUGAAAAAUUCAGAACAUUUGACUGUACUUGCAAAUCAGUUGUCUAGUAGAUUACCACAAUCGUUUUAUUUCUAAAAAAGGCUUAUGCAAUGUUUAUCCUAGACAGCUAGAUAUUAGGAUUGUAACGUCUUUUCAUAAAGUAUGUUUGUGUUUGUUGUUCUAUAUAUAGUAUUUGUGUAAAGGCAUUUUUUAUUUCUCUUUUAAUUUAUUAAUUUUCUAAAAUUUCUUAUACAUAUGAUAAUUAAUGUAUAUGUUUUUUUUCUAUAACAUGUAUGGUUUUAUUUUAUUUAUCUUCUCGUACGGUUAAUAAAGAUAAAAACAG